GAUCGAAUUAUUGAUAUAAGCUAUUAAACCCUCUUAUUUCAAGUUCAAGUAGGAUAUAAUUCUUUUUUAUUUCUAGCAUUUCUUGCCACCUGGAUAUUCGAUUGGAUUUACUGACAAAAUUGCUUUACAUAACAUCCCAUCACAUAUAUGGGGCCCAAGCUUUGCUAGUUCACAAGCUUGAAUCGGCAGUUCGGCUCUGCUUUUAUGGAAUUGGACAAAAAUUGGGCAGCUAAAAUGAAAGACAAUGCAGCAGGCAAGUGGUGGUGGAUUUUAGUGAAGCUCUAGCCGCCGCCGACUCCCGGCCCGCAAUCAUCGCUAUCAAAUACUUUCCGCGACACUAAUGGUAAAGCAGCUCUUAAUCAAUCUGGAUUUGAUUUACUGCCGACAUAUAGGUCGGCUUUCAUUUUAACUGAAACAUAAUGGGUUUGGAACCAAAUGCUUAUUCACUAUUUCAUGAUUAGCCUUCAUGAGGACCGGCGGCAGGUUGGGAUGGAUAAUCCAUAUGCUUAUUCACGAUUUCAUCAUUAAAGCUCAGUUUUUAAAUCUACCUAAUAAAAUUAUCUUUUGCCAGCUGUUUCCUAUUUUUAACAGUUUUACAUGGUUUCUUUUUAAAUCAAAUUUUAAAUUUUGUACAUUGGUACUACAUAUUAAUUGUGAAUAACACAGUAAUAUUUAUUUAAUAUAUUUUGAAACCAAACAUUUUCUAGUCAUUUUCACAAGGGGUCACAGUGCACUGUCGUACGGCAUGUAGGGACUAGGGAAUGCAAUUAUGGGAGUCGUAGGGUCCUACUGCACUAUCUUUUGGGGUGAGGAUUCGGUGGUUUAACUCACAAAUCCACUCAAAUUCACUCGCAAUACAUUCACAUAUUAUAUUGUGGGUGGUUCAAAUGGGUGGAUGUGAGUUAUAAACUAGGUGACCCACUAAAGAUUGGGUGGGUGUGAUUGGGUUGUGGUUGAGCAUCGGUCCAGCCAACUUUUUAAUCUCAAAACAUUGAAUCUCUAAACUAUAGAUUUACUUAAAUUAAAACCAUAAAAAUCACAAAACAAUUUCCCCCAAUUUCAAUGAAAAGAUCUUCUUAAAUCUAUGUAUAUCCUUUCUUCCCUAUUUUAAAUAAAGAAUAUCUUUUUUUUCAUAGAUAUCCUUGUGAAUAAACCAGAUAAUUUUGAAUGAAUAUCUUGUCAACUUUAUUUUUGGAGGAUAAUUGCAAAGUCUAAUAUGUUUUCGUGGCUGGAAAUCUAUAUCAGAUGUUCAAUUUCUUCAAUGAUCCUUGUUAACUUUCUGGUUUGUAUACUAAUUUGACUUAUUCUAAUAUUCAUUCCAGUAUCGUUUGGUGAAUGCUUGUGGCCCACUACUUGAUAAAUUAGCUAGAUUUUAUGAUGAAAUUUCAUUUUCAUUUUUCAUAUUGUUAUGAUUAGUCUUAAAUCAUAUUUAUCAUUUGAAUUUUUUUGAACAAUUAAUAAUAAUAAUAAUAUUGUGAACUUGCAAAAGCUCAAUUAGAAGUGAUGGAGCGCCCUGCCUUGUCGGUCUUUCAGGCUGAACAAAGGUGUAUGGUCCAGCUUCUGGAGCUUCAGCGUGCUGAGGAGUCCUUCCUCAAACAAAAAUCAAGACAACAAUGGCUCAAUGGUGGGGAUUCCAAUUCUAGAUUCUUUCAUAGUGUUGUCAAAACAAGACAGGCCAAGAAUACAAUCAAGCAGCUGGUCACUGAUUCAGGAGAGGUUUUAGAAGAUAUAGAGGAGAUUGGUAGAGAGGCAGUGCAAUUCUAGAAGAAUCUUUUGGGGACUCAGAACAUGCAGCUGAAAAGAGUUACAGUGGACACCUUAAGGCGACUACUGAAAAUGCGCUUGAGGGAUGUCAGUGGAGACGUGUUCUUUGGUUACAGCAGGGGAAAUUAAGAAGGUAGUGAUGAACAUGAACAAGGGAAAGGCCCCAUGACCAUAUGGAUAUCCAGCAUAAUUUUUUCAAGUACACUGGGAUCUGAUAGGGGCAGAAUUCACCAAAGCUAUUCAAGAUGUCUUUGCAACUGGCACCAUGAGAAGGGAAGUUAACUGCACUAUCCUUGCUCUCAUCCCUAAGGCACAAAAUGCAAACUCAAUGAAGAAUUUCAUACUGAUUUCCUGCUGCAAUUUUGUUUACAAAUGCAUAUCUAAGAUCCUAGCUAGCAGACUUAAGCAAGUUUUGCCUGAGAUAAUAAGCUCCAAUCCAUCAGCUUUCAUUAGAGGGCGUUUGAUAACUGAUAAUAUUGUGCUUGCGAAUGAAAUGGUGAAAUGGUACAAGAGAAAGAACAUCUCCCCCAGAUGUGCUCUCAAGAUAGAUAUAAUGAAAGCUUUUGAUAGUGUCGACUAGGAUUAUCUGUGUUGUGUUAUGCUUGCUAUGGGGAUCCCAGAAAAGUUUGUUAAUUGGCUGCAAGGUUGUCUCGAAACUACUAGUUUAACUGGGUGUAUUAAUGGAGGGCUUACAGGACAGUUCUAAGCAAAGAAAGAGUUGAGGCAGGGGUGCCCUUUAUCCCCAUACUUGUUUGCCAUUAGCAUGGAAGUGCUAAAUUGUAUGCUAAAUGGGGCAGCAGAUCGAAAAAUCCUACCUUACCACCCUUAGUGCAGUCGUAUCAGUCUCACACACUUUUGUUUUGCUGACUAUUUAUUGAUUUUCACAAAGUGGUCAGUAGAGGGAGUAACAGUUAUAGCUGAAAUUCUUCAGAAUUUUAAUCUAGUGUCAGGAUUAAAGUGUAAUCUGAGCAAAAGCGAAAUCUUCAGUGCAGGGGUUUCAGAGGGGUUAAGGAAAGAGUUAGUGAGGAAUUCGGGGUUCAAAGAAGGACAUCUGCCUGUGAAGUACUUGGGCCUGCCAUUAAAUGUUGGUUAGCUUUCAUCAGAGGAUUGCAAAGUGUUGAUUGGAAAAAUUGCAGGAAGGAUACUUGGAUGGCAGCCAAAACUAUUAACCUACGCGGGCAAGCUAGAGCUGGUCGUAUCAGUGUUGGCCAGUAUGACCCAGCACUGGAUGAAUGUCAUAUUACUACCUAAGAAGGUUAUAUCAGAAAUUAAAAAGCUCUGUUCCCAGUUCCUUUGGAGUGAUUUUAAGAAGAAGAAGAAGAAGAAGAAGAAGAAGGAAAAAGUACAAUGGAAGAUAGUUGUUUUGGCUCGUGCAUAAGGGGUAUAGGGUUUAAAGACUUGUAUUUCUGGAACAAAGCUUAUUUGGCCAG